AUGGGCAACAAAAAUCUCGGCAAUGCAACGGUGGCUCUUCUCUCUCCUCUCCCUUCCAUCCUCUUUUAUCUGACCUUCCUCAACUGUCACUCCGAUGACGGGUCUCUCUCUUAUCUGUGGGCAUGGUGCCACCACCACCCUCUCCUGCUAGCCAACAUCCUCUUCUUCCUCAACGUUGACUUACAUUUCUGGCUUGUCGGCCUCCUACAAUCCAGCCAUUGGAUGAUAGAUUUGUAUUGGAUAGUGAUACCUAUACUGCUGCUCCAUUACUUUGCGACUCACCCAUUAGCUGAAUUUGACAAGUGGAGAUCGAGGCUCGUCGUGUCACUAACGUGGGCGUGGUCGCUAAGGCUCACCCACUGCUACUUCCGCCGCGAGAAGUGGCAAUGGGGCGCUCGAGAAGACUGGAGAUUCACCGACAUGCGGAGACACUACGGCCACAACUGGUGGUGGAUCUCUUUCUUCGCCAUCUAUCUCUCUCAGCAGGUUUUUCUGAUGGCGAUAUGCAUGCCGUUGUACGCGAUCCAUCGGAACGUGAAAGGGGUGAAUAUUUGGGACGUGGUGGCUGCGUUGGUGUGCUUAGCCGGGUUGACAAUUGCUUACUUUGCAGACACGCAGAUGCAUCGUUUUGUAAGAAGAAAUGAGGAGUUGCAGAAGGAGGGAAAAGAGAGGGUGGCGAUUCUUGAACAAGGGUUAUGGAGGUAUUCCCGACACCCGAACUACGCGGGCGAGCAGUUAUGGUGGUGCGGAAUUGCCAUUUUUGGUUGGAAUGUGGAGUACGAUUGGUGGUUUGUGGGGCCGAUGGCGAAUGGGGUGUGCUUGGGAAUUGUCACUUUGCUGGUGGAGCAGCGGAUGUUGAAGGAGGAGUUUAGGGCCGAGGCGUACCGGAACUAUCAGAAAACGACGUCACUUUGGCUGCCCUGCUUCAGACUACCCAAACAUAAGGAAACAUAGUAAAAUCACCUUGAUUUGCACACUAAGCUCAAUCUUCUCAUCUAACUUUCAUGUUAUCCAAACUAUUCAAUGCAACAAAAACUAUUUUCUGUUGUUUCAGAAUGUCA